AUGCGCAGUGCUCCAGGACAAGGCGAGCCACGGGAGAGGGGCCCGGGGAAUGUCGAAGUCCGAGUCAUCGCAACCAAAGCGGGGGUGACGUUUGUGACGCGCAUGCGCGCCUAGCGAAACGGGCUGCUGGGCCGUGGAGGGGCGACCUGCGGCGGAGCGGCAUUUGGGGGCGAGCGUCCGCUGCUGGUCUCUUUUCCUCUUGCCGCCAUGCUGUGGUUCCCUGGCACCAUCCCUGCCGCCAUUGCUGCUUCGAAGCAGAGCGGCGCGGUGUUCGUGGUGUUUGUGACAGGGGAUGAUGAACAGUCCACAGAGAUGGCUGCCAGCUGGGAGGAUGAGAAAGUGACUGAGGCGGCAGCAGAUGGCUUUGUGGCUAUUAAAAUUGACACCCAGAGUGAAUCCUGCCUGCAGUUCUCACAGAUCUAUCCUGUAGUAUGUGUCCCAUCCAGUUUCUUUAUAGGAGAGAAUGGAAUCCCUUUGGAAGUGAUUGCUGGCAGUGUUUCUGCAGAGGAACUUAUUACAAGAAUUAAUAAAGUCAAAGAGAUACACAUGUUAAAAAAUGAAGCACUAGAAAGUCCUGCUCCAUAUUCAUCCUCUCUCUGUAACGUCACAGAUGAUUCUGGAUCGCAAACAUCCGAUCCCAUUGAAGCACAGCCUGAAAGCCUGCACGUGUUUCCGUCUUCUGAAAUGAAUUUGGUCCAAACAGAUGAGCUUCCUGAGGAAAAUGACAGAAGAGCAGAAUCACAGACUACAGAUGACCUCACUGUCAGAGUAGAAAGAGUUACAAAAAUACUUGAAGAAAAACGAGAAGAGAAAAAGAAAGAAGAAGAACAGAAAGAAAUUAAGAAAGAAAUUGAUAGAAGAAAAACGGGAAAAGAUAUGUUGGAAUACAAAAGAAAACAAGAAGAAGAGAGGACAAAACGAAUAUUGGAAGAAAAGAACAGGGAAAAAGCCGAAGACAGAGCUGCUAGGGAGCGUAUCAAACAGCAGAUUGCGUUGGAUCGUGCCGAAAGAGCUUCUCGCUAUGCAAAGGCACAGGAAGAAAUAGAAGCUGCAAAAGCUGCAGCUCUCCAAGCACAGCGGGCCGAAAGGGAAGCCAGGAAGGAGGCGCUGCAGGCAGAGAGAAGUACUAUAGCAAGAAUUCAGUUCCGCCUCCCCGAUGGAUCAUCAAUUACUAAUAACUUCCCAGUAGAUGCUCACUUAGAAGAGGCUCGACAGUUUGCUGCCCAGACAGUUGGCAACACAUAUGGUAAUUUCUCAUUGGCUACAAUGUUCCCCAGAAGAGAAUUUACCAAAGAAGAUUAUGGAAAAAAAUUAUUGGACUUAGAACUUGCCCCAAGUGCUUCGGUAGUAUUGUUACCGGCAGGAAAAUCAGCUACAGCAGCCAUGCAGUCUUCUGGUGGAGAUUUUUGGAAAUUUCUUGGCACAGUCCUUUAUCCGUUGAUAGCUGUCUGGCGAUUUAUUAGCAACUUCUUGUUUAGCAGCCCUCCUCCUCCCCAGACUUCAGAAAGGUCUCAUCAGCAGGACCACUCAGCUUCUUCAUCUAACACUACAGAGUCAAGCAGGCAAGGGGUCAGGAAACGAGUACUGGAAAAGCGGGGUGAAGAAUUCAAAAAAGAAGGCAAAAUCUAUAGACUGAGAACUCAAGAUGAUGGUGAAGAUGAUAACAAUACUUGGAAUGGAAAUUCGACUCAACAAAUGUAGUUUUACAAGUAAACUGGGCAUAGUAAUCAUUGAGUUUUUUCCCCUCAUUUGAUUUAAUUCCAUUACACCUUCUGCUGCAAAAGUGGGCUUCUCUGGUCUGCUGCCUGAGCUCUACCUUAUUCCUGUCAUGGCACAUGUAAGGUGAUGAUUCAAGUGUAAAGCUUGAUAUGGGAAUGUAACUACUGUCAAAGGGUCGAAGAAUCCUAAUCUGCCUUUAGUGUUCAGAAUUUGAUACUUAAAAGCCCUAUUGUCAUCUCAGAGGUACUUUUUAUCUCUAUUGAUCUCGGAACAAACCAGAAUCCCAGACUUUAACUGGUGAGAUUGACUAGCAGAAAACCAUACCAGAUAGCAUAUUGGAUAACUUAUUAUUUUCUUCAGUGCUUAUGCAACUACGAGCAAAUUCUAAUAGAUUUUUAAUCUGUAAGCAUUCAAUAAAGGUUUUUCCACUAAAGUUUAAGA